UGCCACAUCAUUGGUGUCAGUGGAAGGAGUAGUGCCCCAUCACUGAUGUCAGUGGGAUGAAUAGUGCCCCAUCGUUGGUGUCAGUGGGGGGGAAUAGUGCCCCAUCGUUGGUGUCAGUGGGGGGGAAUAGUGCCCCAUCGUUGGUGUCAGUGGGGGGAAUAGUGCCCCAUCGUUUGGUGUCAGUGGGGGGAAUAGUGCCCCAUCGUUGGUGUCAUGGGGGGGAAUAGUGCCCCAUCGUUGGUGUCAGUGGGGGGAAUAGUGCCCCAUCGUUGGUGUCAGUGGGAGGAAUAGAGCCCCAACAUUGGUGUCAGUGGGGGGAAUAGUGCCCCAACAUUGGUGUCAGUGGGGGGAAUAGUGCCCCAUCAUUGGUGUCAGUGGGGGAAUAG